AUGCUGCGGAAGCUGCAGAAGCACAAUCCAGAGCUGGCUCGGAGACACGUCGUGCAGCUGCUUGAUGCUUUUGUGCAUGAGGAGAAUUUCUACUGCAUUGUCAUGGAGCCGCUGGCAAUGAGCCUUCGAAACCUCCUCCAGGCAGUUGGUUGGGCACAUGAGGGCUACGCACAGUUGGGUGGAGAUGGAGGGAAGCUCCGGCGGAUUGUUCCUGGCAACGCAGCCGCACUGUUGGCUUGUGGUCCCAAAGCCGGCUUCAACGGUGCACCAAUGUCAUGCUCCGCCGGCCUGAUUUCAACCUACAGCCACACCCUCGUCAAGGAGAUCCGGAUGAGGUUGCAGCUCGACCCCUCUGGCCUUUCGAGGCUGGCAGAGAUGCCGGCAGGCCACCACCCUCAGCUCCAUCCCAUGUGGGUGGUAGCCAUGCAAGACCUCCUGCAGAUAAGCGGUUUGCUUGUCGAGUGCCAGCCAUCCUUCCACUCCGUAUUUGUAUCGCACCAGUGGCUGGGGAAACACCAUCCCGAUGAGAAGGGUAGCCAGUUCGCCAUACUUCAAGAGGCAUUCCGAAACAUCAUCGCGGGCCGCAUCGACGUCGAGCUGGACAUCCCGUUACAAUGGACUGGCUAUAAGCGGGUUCUUCUACCCAGGGACAGACAACAACUUCGCAAUGCUCAUGUUUGGCUCGACUGGUUCUCCAUCCCACAGAUCGAAGUCAAGGAGGGCAACGAGGAGGGACAGAUGAGAGGCGACGUGUUUCUUGCAGUGAAGUCCAUCCCUUUCUAUGUGGAGACGUGCAAGCUCUUCGUGGCCCUUGUCCCAACGCUACAGCACAAUGAUUUUCACGGGGAGUGCAACUACUGUACUUGGCUCAGCAGGGGCUGGUGCCGGAUGGAGAUUUGGUGCAACCUGCUCUCCCAUGGCACAGAGGCACCUUUCGUGGUGAUCCAGGAUUCCGACCAUGCAGAGUUCGCGAUGCCUGUGCACUGGGUCCGUGAGUCUGCCCACGAUGGCUACUUCACAGUCGAGUCGGACCGAGCCAGAGUAGCAAAGGUCAUGCAGACGGCCUUUGAGGCAAAGCUUGGGAGCCUCCAUGGGAGCCCAAACCGAUUGGAUCUCUUCAGGUAUCUGGUGGCUGGCCAAAACCGGCUUCUUGGGCUACCAAAUUCUCCUUUGACCGUGGAGUGCUUUCCUGCUCGAUUUGGCUUCCAGUCCAUGGAGGCCGCAGUAAAGGCGAAGAUGGGCAUCGUAGCCACGGCCUGUGCUGUCUUGGCCGAGGAUGUGGGGAUGCUCCGUCACUUGGUGGCCGCGGGCGCAGAACUGAAUCCUCAGCUGCCGGGAGUCAUGGAGGCAGGUCUCACCCGUGGAUGGACUCCGCUGCAUCUGGCGGCCAGCCAUUGCCACAGUUCUGUGGUGGAAGAGCUCCUGAAGUUGAAGGCCAACCCGAACGCCUGUAACCUUGCAGGAAUGCCAUGCCUUGGCUUCUGUUCCAAUGUGGAGGCAGUGGACCUCCUGCUGUCAAACAGGGCGGAGGUGAACUUUGCCAAGCCUCCCGGAGGCCUCACACCUUUGGCCCUCUCUUGCAUCUUUUGUGCUCCAACCUCUGUGAUGGGGCGCUUGCUCAAGGCGCGUGCAGACCCCAAUGAUCGUGGCUGCGGCGUAGGCCAAGCAGCGCUAUCUACUCUGGCAGUCUCAGCAGAUGGCAAUGCCAACCUUCCGGAGGCUGUCCAGCUGCUCCUUCAUGCCCGGGCAGACAUCAAUCUUGCCGGGCGAGCCCGUGGCGUUGCAAGACUUUACGGACUGCUAUGUCGAUUGGGUUCUUGCCGCAAGCAACCACUGCUGGAACGGUUCCUAGCAGAAGGCAGUUGCACCGCUUUGGGCAUUGCAGCCCUCCUUGGUCGCGAGCAGUUGGUGCGGCUGUUGCUGAAGGCACACGCCGACCCUGAGUUGCCCAACAAUCGAGGGCACACUGCCAUUCAGCUCGCAAAUCGAGCCUGCAUUGUUCAAGUUCUGCAGGCUGAGACCAAACACCAAAUUUUUGCCGACGAAGAUGUUUUCAAUAUAUGA